CAUCAUUCUGUGACCGGCAAUUCCAGAUUCUAAGUUUAUACUUUUUAAAAAAAAUUUGAGGCAAUAUGAAUCAAUCGGUUAUUCAAAUCAUUAAAAAUAUUACCAAUACUAACUCUAGUCGAUCGCUUCUGCAACGAUUCAUAGCUUACUCAUUUAGACAAUCGAUUCGUUGCAAAUUCAAGCGUUUCGGCGAUCGACCUGUUGGUGAAUCGCUCAAAAUCCUAGAUCGUGAAUAUCGUACCGAUGAAUGGACUAAUAUACCAGAUAAAGUGAUCGAUCUGAUUGAACGACAUGAUCCAUUAUACAAAACACCUGGCAAUCCAAUCUAUUUGAUAGCUGAAUCUUUGCGUCAACAUUAUACUGAUUUUGAAUGCUUUCAAUUUCGUGAUCCAGUUGUUACCACUUGGCAAAAUUUCGAUUCUAUCCUUGUUCCUAGUGAUCAUGUAUCACGAUCGAAAACAGAUACAUUCUAUGUUGAUAAACAACAUGUUCUUCGUUCUCAUACUUCAGCUCAUCAGAGUGAAUGUUUCAAACGUUUGGCAAACACCACAAAACAUCAAGCAUUAAAUGAUCCAAAAUUCAUGAUUAUUGGUGAUGUUUAUCGACGCGAUGAAGUAAAUCGUACCCAUCAUGCCGCUUUCCAUCAGGCCGAGAUUGUUCAACUUUAUUCCGAACAACAUUGUCGGAUGGCGACGACAAACCUUUUUGAUGAAUCAAAUGAAACACGAACCGACCAUUGUCAAGAACGACACAAUUUGAACGCUAUUCAAAUAGUGGAAAAUGAGCUUAAAUCUCAAGUUGAAUCCUACAUACAUCUAAUGUUUGAUUCCACAGACGGUGAUCCAAUUCAAAUGCGUUGGGUACCUGCCUACUUCCCAUUCACACAUCCAAGCUGGGAACUUGAAAUUCAAUUGCCUCGUAACAAAUCUACUAAUGACAAUGGAGAAGAUCUAGAUAAAUCAGAAUGGUUAGAAAUGCUUGGUUGUGGUAUUGUAGAGCAAAGCAUUCUCGACCGUGAUGGUCAUUCAAAUCGCAUCGGUUGGGCCUUGGGAUUUGGUCUUGAACGGUUAGCGAUGCUAUAUUAUGCAAUACCCGAUAUUCGUUUAUUCUGGACACGUGACACUGGUUUUUCUGUCCAAUUCGACCGCUUGAAACCAUUUGAACGAUAUCGAUAUCGUCCUAUAUCUGCGUAUCCGCAGAAAAUUUUUGACAUUGCAUUCUGGCUUCCCGCCGAAUGUUCUGAAUGGUCAGCAAAUGAUGUGCAUGCUAUUAUAUUAGAAAUAGGCGGUCAUCUAGUUGAACAAGCACACCUAAUGGAUGAAUGGACAAGACCCAAAGAUGGCCGUAAAUCUAAUUGUUACCGAAUCGUAUAUCGUAGCCAUGAACGAGCAUUAACAAAUGAUGAGGUAAAUCGCAUACAUCAUCGAAUCGAACAAGCAUUGGUGAAAGAAUUGAAUGUUGAAAUACGUUAAUAUAACAGUAAUUAAUUGUAAUGAUAAUAGUUAAUUGAUUUUUUAGGCUAAAAAUAACUCUGUUUU